AUGGAUGCUAGUGUUUGCCGUACCGAACGGGACACUGACUCCGACCUUGGAGAUGAUUCCCCUCUGUCCAACACAGCAGACGAACAUUCCGAUCACGAGACGGAUCCAGGCCAGGACGGAGAGUCGAGCGACGAGGGCGUUAAUGUGAAGCGCCCGUCCCCGGACGCAAAGAUGACAUCCGGCAUGGAAUUUGGCAGAAGUCCAGACCAUCACUCGGAGCUAAGCCAAGCGACGGCGGCAGCAGCGGCAGCAGCGGCAGCAGCCGCCGCCCAAUUCGGCGCAAACCAUCCACUGGGAAUGCUCGGCAAUCUGACGGCACUCAACAUGAAUAUGCCGGGAUUGUCCGGGUUGGCGUCUGGGCUUGCGGCAGGCCACCAUGGCGAUGUGCUCGAGAAGCUAAAGAUGCAGGUGCGCGACAUGAAGGUGGGAGCGCUGAUGAGUGAACAAAUGGCGGCCGACUUAGCGGCCCUUCAUGCGGCUUCGUCGCCGUUCGGUGCAGCGCUGGCCGCCAGUGCCGCCAAUGGAGCGGGUAAUGGGAUGGGAAUGUUCGGCUCCGGAAGAGAGGAACAUCGUGGUGGAAGCGGUGGUUCUGGUUCUAUGAAUACCGGUAAUGGUGGUGCAGGUGGUGGUGGAGGUGGGUCGCAAUCACAAACAGGAUCUCAGAAUGGGGGUAACUUUUCCUUCACGCUACCGAACGCACCGAUCAGCAAGGAUGGCAAUCCCGGUUCCAAUUCGUCAACCUCGAGCGAAACGUCGAACUCGUCCCAACAAAACAACGGCUGGAGCUUCGAGGAGCAAUUCAAACAAGUACGACAGGUAAGCAACAUGCUAAAAGUGCUGAACCGGAACAGUGUGUGGCAAACACUGUACGAAAUCAACGAUGACCCGAAGCGGAAGGAAUUUCUGGACGAUCUGUUCCUGUUCAUGCAAAAGCGAGGCACUCCUAUUAACCGCUUGCCAAUUAUGGCCAAGUCGGUGCUGGAUUUGUACGAACUAUACAACCUGGUUAUUGCGCGCGGCGGUCUCGUGGACGUAAUUAACAAAAAGCUAUGGCAGGAAAUCAUCAAAGGACUCCAUCUUCCAUCUAGCAUUACCAGCGCAGCAUUCACACUACGAACACAGUAUAUGAAGUAUCUCUAUCCGUACGAGUGCGAGAAGAAGAACCUGAGCACACCGGCAGAGUUGCAGGCGGCCAUCGAUGGAAACCGGCGCGAGGGUCGUCGCUCUAGCUAUGGCCAGUUUGAUUCGCCUUCCGUACAACGCUCACCGAUUCCGCAGGGCAUCUCACAGAUGCCGCCCCUGUCGCUGGUGUCACACGUCAAUCAGCAGCAGCACCAUCACCGGCUGCUACCACCAGUAGCCCAAAUACCGAACAUGUUGCCGGCCGAGUUUGAGCAACGCAUGCUCAACUACAUCAAAAUGUUCCAGCCGAAGGAGAUGGGCCGUGCACAGAGCCCGGAUAAACUGUCCGCCCUGAAUGCGAUUGAUAUUUCGCGCGUGGCACUCUGGAACAUGUACAACCCGAGCCCGAACAGUCCACCGAAUUCGCUCAAUACUAGCCCGGAAAAUAAUAUGCAAAGCGCUCUCGAUCUUUCGGAAUCGCCGGAUCAUGCAAUGUCAGCGAUCAAGCGCGAGCGAGAUCAUCCGGUCGAUUUUAGCGAUCCGCGAGACUAUGGUAAUGGAUUGGGACCGCCAGCCAAACGUAGCCACCACCAUCACCAUUCGCUUCACAACCGAUCGAUAACGCCACCACAGAAGCUACACAGUUCCUCGCACGAUGACGAUGAUGCGCGGUCCGACAGCACACCGAUCAACCUGCGCGAGAAUGGUACUCUUGGUCGUCGCCCCACACUGGACGAUGACGGUGACGACGAAGAGGAUGAGAUGGAGGACGAAACGACAGAGGAGGACAUGUUGCGUGCUCAGUUCGCUGCUGCUGCCGCUGCCGCAGCCGUUAAUCAGCACCCGCUCGCACUCAGCAUUGCCGAUCAUCAUCUUCAGCAACAGCAACAACAGCAGCAACAACAUCAACAGCAGCAGCAACGCGAACGCGAACGGGAGCGUGCUCAACAGCAGGUUGCCGCACAGCGUGAACAGCAACAACACAAUCUGGCAACACUGGACCUAAGCAUACUGGAUCGCGAACGGCUACGCUGUGAUAGUGCUGACAAACUGAAGCGUCAGAGCCAGCAGCAGCAGCAACAACAGCAAAAUCAGCAGCACCAACAGCUGCUGGAUCAGCAUCACCUUCACCAAAGGCAAUUGCAGCACCAGCAGCAAUCGCGUGUCGCCCGAGAACUGCGAAAACAUGAGAAUGGUGACCGACUCAGCUUGACACCGGACAGUGAGUUGCAUCAUUCGAAGAGCAAUCUUUCUACGAGCGGAGGUGGAACUGGCACCGGACUAUCGGACCCGUUUAGCUCACCGCUGGGCAUUUCCGGGAUGCAGUUUAAGCUGAUCAGUCGAGGUGAUGCUAGCAAGGGCGACCAGAAACUAGUGGUGACGAUGGAAUUUAACGGUGUCCAGUAUGAAGGUGUCCUGUUUGCCAAUCCCCUAUCCUCCGCCAACUUAUCCGCACCGGCAUCAACUCCACCCUCCUCGUCCGUAUCGGCUACCUCGGCUUCUCCGAUCGGUUCCAUGGUAUCACCGGUCAAAUCCAACGCCGCUCUCAUCUCACCCCUGGAUGAUCGUGAUUCACUCGCCACCGGCACCACCGUGGACAACCCGCUUGUGCCACUAUCCUCAUCAAAUGGAACCACCACCAGCACCGCCACCACUACCACCAACUCCACCGGCAACAGUCUCGUUGCCAGCAGUAGUGUUGCUGCUUCCAACACCUGCGUCCAGCAGCAGGACAGUGUGAUUCCACCCUCAGGUGGUGCAACCAGCCCGGCAAGAUCGAUGGUUUCAUAG